GAUAGGGCCCGUCGUUGUGGACUAUGAAUCCCAUUGUUCGGGCGGAGACACAAGCAUCUCGACAUUAUAUCCAGUUUCUCUGUUUACUGUGCUAAUGCAAAUACAAAUAAGAGUAAUGGAGAGCACUGUAUAAUACGGCAUACUUAGCAUACUGAUAGGUAUUAGGCCUACACAGAUCAACACAUGGUUCACUUGAGGGUGCUGUUAAAAUAGGUCCAAAUAUCAUCAUUAGUAAUCUCGAUCAACUCAAACCAUUGUUUAUCACCUGGGAACUCUUGCAACUUUAUUGCAACUUUCUUAAGACGCAUUAAACGGAGGUUUUAACAUGAGCCAUUUGCUUCACUGUAUGGCAACAGCCGUACAUUCAUUUGUACCCUGAUAUUUGGUGAGCUACUCUCCAGUUGAAAAAUGCCCAAUUUCUUAUGGACGCUAUCUGUGAUGUUACUCUCUGAACUGGCCUUACUUGAGAACACUAGAUUAGACUGUAUCUGUGACGCAAUUUUUGGGGGAGGAAAUCUGUUGAGGUCAAUGUUUCCAUGUGUUGCAUUGUCAAUAUGUAGAUAGCCUAAAGGCUUCCUGGUCUUUAAAGAUAACCUCUUGAUAAUGUAUACUGUAUACUAUAAUGUGGGCCUAUUGAUAUUUUCAUGUAAAGCCUCCUGUAAUAUUGUGGCAUUUUUUCCUUAAAUGUGUAAUUUAUUGAUUUGCAGGAUCACUAAAGCCUUCCAAAUUGAGGAUAAUUACUGUUAUUUUUGUUGUUGUUGAACAGCGAUGAGGGCGCCUCUGAAUGUGUUUUUAUCAUUAGUUCUCCGCACACAUGAGCGCAAUGCGAGCUCACCGCGCCACCUACCGGUCCUUUCCGGAACAACACCACUAGGCGAGAAAAAGCCUGUCAAAUAGAUGAGCCCUAGACACAGCAAGCGCUCGACAGGAGAGCAUCUCCCUCUCGGAGUCGGCUCUCGGUUAAUGCACGAUGGUAGGGAAGAGCGGCCCGCCUUCCCCGAUGGCUGAGUGAGUGAGGAUGCGACUCCCCAGCUCCAUAUUUGUGUCGGUGUCUCUGUUCACGGCUGAGACCACGGCAGCCCUCUACCUCAGCUCCACAUACCGCUCCGACGGCGACCAGAUCUGGCAAGGGCUCACCCUCCUCUUCACCCUAGUAACGUCGGUGCUCGUGCAGCUAACGCUCACCUUCAUUCACCGGGACCUUAGCAGGGACCGACCGCUUGUUCUGCUGCUUCACAUCCUGCAGCUCGGACCCAUCGUGAGGUGUCUGGAGGCGUUCUGUAUCUACGGCAGUGUGGGCCGGGUAGAGGAGCCUUAUGUCAGCAUCACGCGGAAGCGCCAGAUGCCCAGGGGGGGCCAGUCUGAGGAGGUGGAGAGACAGGUGGGGCAGGCAGAGGGCAAGCUGUUCACCCACCGUGCCGCCUUCGCCCGCACCUCUGUCAUCCAGGCCUUCCUGGGCUCCGCCCCCCAGCUCACCCUGCAGCUCUACAUCUGUGUCCUGCAGCAGGGGGUGUCCAUCGGCAGAGGCACCCUCAUGGUGAUCUCCCUGCUGUCCAUCGUAUAUGGAGCCCUGCGCUGCAACAUCCUGGCCAUCAAGAUCAAGUAUGACGACUACGAGGUGGACGUACGUCCCGCUGCCUACCUCUGCAUAUUCCUGUGGCGCAGCUUCGAGAUCGCCACACGCGUCACCGUCCUGGUCCUCUUCAGCUCCGUACUGCAGCUCUGGAUCCUCCCUGUGGUUCUGCUCAACUUCUUCCUCUUCUUCCUCUACCCGUGGAUGCUGUUUUGGCAGAGCCACUCGCCCUUCCCGGAGAACAUCGAGAAGACCCUAACCCGGGUGGGCACCACCAUCGUCCUCUGUCUCCUCACGUUCCUCUACGCAGGCAUMAACAUGUUCUGCUGGUCGGCGGUGCAGCUGAAGCUCAACGACCCAGACCUGAUCAACAAGUCUCAGAACUGGUAUCGCAUGGCCGUGUACUACAUGCUGAGGUUCGUGGAGAACGCCUCUCUGCUUCUGCUGUGGUACAUCUACAAGACAGACUUCUAUAGGUUCAUCUGUGCUCCGUUGUUAGUGCUGCAGCUGCUGGUGGCCUACGCUAUGGCCAUCUUCUUCAUGCUGGUGUUCUAUCAGUUCUGCCACCCCUGUAGGAAGCUCUUCUCCUCCAAUAUGACCCAAGGCCUGUGGGACUGCUCCGCCCUGCUCUGUCUAGUCUGCUACGCUCCUGAUAGGGACGCCGUCAGGCCAAUAGAGAAGGCUGGUCUGGACCCUCUGGCCCCCGACCCCACCCCCCACACGGAGACAGCCAAUGACACGUCAUAUGAUGUGGCCAAUGACACGGCAUAUACCAUGCCCAAUGACACAAUGACCUAUGACAUGCCCAAUGACACGACUCAUGAAGUGUUGAGCGAGAUGAACGGCGACGUAAGCCACAGUCUGUCCAGCAACACUUAAAGAGCCGUGAUUGGUUGUGUGUAGGGUAGGGCUGCACGAUAUGGGCAAAAACUCUAAUUGCGAUUUUUGGACCAAAUAUUGUGAUUGUGAUUUGACUUGCGAUAUAGAUACAAAACCCUUGGCUGAACUGUUGGAAUCAUUGAAAUAGAAUGACUUAUAUUAAGAAACAAAGUGGAAAGUAGCGUUGGCCUUGUUUGGAACUGUUGACUGCAUUUGACCUAACAGAACAGCAUGCAAAUGUAUAGUGAAUCUAACAGCGAGGAGGAGGAACUGCACUGCUUGAUUGACCUGGGCUGGAGCUUGGUGUGUGUGGGAAGCAGUCGCAAUAGAAGAGAGAGAGAGACGACAAACCCGAGUCAACUAUAAAAACGGACGAUACACACAGCUUAGUGCCGUUUAAAAAUAUUGCAUGCGAUAUGGAUCUCUUGCGAUAUGGCUUUUGCAAAUGUCAAUAUUGUGAUUUGAUGUGAAUUCUAUUAAUUCUUCAGCCCUAGUAUAGGGUCAGGAGUGUUCCUAAACUUGUGACUGAACCAGGAAGAGGCUUUCCUGUUCAGGUCAUGUGGUCUGGAAAUACUCCUGGUCCUAGUUAUGUGCCAUUCAGAGGAAGGUGUACACACAGAGCAACAUUUGCUGUACUGUCUCCUUCUGUAAUCCUUUAAGUGCCAUAUGAACCCCUCUGCCCUACCUGUCAGUUAAGUUUACACUGAACUAGGGUUGCAAAAUUCCGUUAACUUUUCAAAAAGUCCCUGGUUUUCCAACCAGGAUUUCUGGAAAACCAGGGAAUUUUGGGAAAGUUACUUGAAUUUUGCAACUCUACUCUGAACCGUAAUCUGAACUAUACACUGAACUGUACUCUGAACCAUACUCUGAACUGUAAUCUUAACCGUACUCUGAACCGUAAUCUGAACCGUACUCUGAACCAUAAUCUGAACCAUACACUGAACCAUACACUGAACCAUAAUCUGAACCGUACUCUGAACC